AUGCAAAUAUUACCUAAUGUAGCUGAAGCACAAACACAAACUACUGAAAGUGCAUUAAGAAGUGAAGUUGAUGUGACAGACAUUUCUAUUGAUGAUGAUAGCGAUGAGGGAUUUGAUGCAGAUGACAAAAUAAACGAUCCUGAUUACAUUCCUGAGGAUGAUAGCGACACAGAAGAUGAACUAGAUGAAUUUGAUACAGGAGCGAAUGUUGAGGGAGAAGAAAGAAAAUUCAUAGUCUUUGAAUCGGCUCUACUGGCAGCAUUUGGUUCAUGCCCAAUAUGUGGCCAUUCUGCAGAAAUGAAGAUUUGUGCUGUUGUAGGCACAUUCUGUAGACUACGGCAAGUGUGCAAUGGCUGCAAUUUCAAGAGGGAGUGGAACAGCCAGUCAUUUGUUGGGUCAACUGCAGCAGGAAACAUUAUGUUUUCUGCUGCAGUGAUUCUCUCUGGCUCUUCAAUACAGAAGGUACUUCGACUGUUUAGUCAUAUUGGCAUUUCAACUAUCACAAGGCAGACUUUCUCUAAACACCAAAGGCUGCAUGUUGUGCCCAGUAUCAUACAAUUAUGGGAAAAAGAAAGAAACCCAAGGUUGGAAGCCCUUGCUGCUGAUGAAGAAGUAGUUUUAGGAAGGGAUGGAAGGGCAGACUCACCUGGACACUCUGCCAAGUAUGGUGCCUAUACGAUGAUGAAUUUGAAAACAGGCAAGAUUGUCGAUGUCCAGCUAGUACAGUCUAAUGAAGUUACUUCUAGCAGCGCAAUGGAAAAGGAAGGGCUGGUAAGAAGCAUUGCGUCCCUAAGAGAGAGUGGUGUUUCCAUCAAUACUCUGGUGACUGACCACCACUCCCCAAUACGGAAGUGGAUGAAAGACAACCUUGCAGAUGUUCACCACAAAUAUGAUAUUUGGCACAUCAGCAAAAGCUUAAACAAGAAAUUGAAGGCAGCUGCUAACCUUUCCAUUUGCGCAUCAAUUAAGCCUUGGAUACAAAGCAUUACCAACCACUUGUACUGGUGUGCUAUAUCCACACCUGAUGGGAAUGCCGAAUUAAAAGUUGCAAAAUGGAAAUCAAUAGCAAGCCACAUACAAAAUAUUCAUUCUGGACAUGACAACCUAUUUCCGGAGUGCCUCCAUGGUCCGCUGGUUGGCCGAGAACGAAAAAAGAAAUGGAUGGUGCCAGGAAGCAAGGCCACUCAGGUCCUCUUGCCUAUAAUAUUAAACCCCAGGCUGUGCCAAGAUGUGAAAAUUAUGAGUGAAACAUUUCAAACAUCGAAAUUAGAAGCAUUCCACUCAACACUGAAUCAUUUCGCUCCAAAAAUAAAUCAUUUUUCAUAUUGGGGUCAAAAGUGCAGGACUCUGGUAGCAGCAAUGCACUAUAAUGAAAAUGGUGGACGUAUCCAAGCCACAACGAAUGAUGGAGAGAAAUGUUUUGGGGUAGCAUUCCCUAAAUUCAAAAAGGGGGGCUUUGUUGUGAAGCCUGUUUAUGUUGAACAAACAUUCCAGUAUGCAGAUGCAGUAAUAGCGCAAGUAAUGGAAACAUUAGCAGAAGGACAGGUACACCAUUUAGAAGCACCUCCAUCUGCUUUAUGCUCCCACUUUGAACACCCAAACAAGCAAGAGGCUGUAGCACUUCAUCGCUCACGUUUUGUUUGAGAUGGUGUAGCAUGUUGCAAAUUAUGUGUUCUCAUGAUAUUUGUUCUGCAGCCCUUUUUUCACUAGUAUAAAUGUUGUUUUCUCUUCAUCAUUUCAAU